CAAAACUGCUUGCUUCUUGGCCCAUGUCGCCGCGGUCCAAUCAUUCUGAGCCAUUCUGAGCCAACUACGAUGCUUGUCCGUUUUUUCUCGACCAUUAAUUGAUUGAUUGAUUCUGAUUGAUCACAGAUGAUCGAGUUCAUGCUCUCUAAACUAGGUAGGUAUGUAUGUACCUACUCGCCUACUAUGUAUGCAUGGCGCGCUCCAGCCAACGUUGCAUUCAUGACAUCUUCAUCUGAUUUACCCCAUACCAUACCACUACCUGCCCACCAGGCAGUUCGUAGAAUGCGCUGAGAAACUAACUUGGUAUCUCCAUCUCAAGCACCGCUAUCUCUAGGAAACCCCAUAACUAUUUCGCCGAGGAGCGUCUAAUACAGCCCCAAGAUAGCGUACGAUGAGAAAAGAGGAUGGAACAUGUCGUCUGCAUUUUCCGUGACGGCUCAAGGCAGCAACAUUCCAGAACACCGCCCCGCCGCUUCCAGCGCUGAUCCAUCACAUCCACCGACGCCUCUCCCGUCUCACGAUGGCCAUGCCCGCUCCACCGACGCCUCAGCCACCUCGGCGGCUCUCACCGCCAGCCCCGUCAACAUACCUCGACGCAGUCUCACCACUGUAGACAGUCCUAUUCGCCCAUCGCGGUCGAUAGCCUCUUCUGGCGAUGUCGGCACCGACAUUUCACAACGACUGUCGUCAACCCCAACCCAGACCCCAGCUAAGAAAGAAAGAGCGAAACCCGCUCGCAAGGAUACUACUUCGGCUGUCUCAAAGGAUGCCAUCAAAGAACCCAGAAAUUCAAGGGACUCUAUUAAAGACUUCAAGGACCAAAGAAACGCUACCAAUGGACGAACCACGUCCUUUGCACAUCCCUCGGCCUCCGUAGACCCUUUGUCCCACCAUAUAUUCACGAGAACUAAUACAGAACGCUCAAUUGCGUCGCGACUGCUCAACUCCGCGCACCCGGAUAGUCCUUCCAAUGACUCCAUACAGCGUCCCGGCCCUGACAUCGCUAACAAGCUCUCUUCCUCUCAGCCCGACUCGGCCAAAGACAAGAAAAAGGGCGUAUCUUUCCUGAGUCGAUUGAGCAUGAUAGGCGGUAAGAAGAAGGAUGACGAUGUCUUGGAUAACGAAUCCGAACUCAGUGAACAGAGAACUGAAGGCGCCAAUGCCCUCGCCUUCUCAUCCGCCGUCUACAUCCCCCACCACAAGGAACCGCCACGCUAUAUUCGAGUCCACGCUCAGUACAAGAAGGACAGGGAGUUCAACCGCAUAUUCCUGGCCCAGGAAUUGGCGGGAACAGGGCUGUCGUCAUCAGCUGGACAAGGAGAACCCCUGAACGAGAAACCCUCCUCUGCAGCACGUACCAAAGGUGAUUCGACAUUGAGUGGUCCUAUUUGGGCCACUGAAUUCAGCCAGGAUGGCAGGUAUCUCGCUACCGGUGGCCGAGAUCGCAUUCUGCGAGUCUGGGCAGUGAUCGCUACGGAGGAGGAUCGCAGGACCUAUCACGAGGAGGAAAAUGCUAGCACAGAGCAUGAAGAGCAUCUUAGUGCACCCGUUUUCCAUUCAAAGCCCGCUCGCGAGUUCACUGGACACGAAGGUGAUAUUCUUGACCUGAGCUGGAGCAAAAACAACUUUCUACUGUCUUCAUCUAUGGAUAAGACCGUCAGACUCUGGCACAUGAGUCGUCGUGAGUGUUUGUGCACGUUUAAACACAAGGAUUUUGUCGCUUCCAUCGCUUUUCACCCUCGCGACGAUCGUUUCUUCCUCGCAGGCUCGCUCGAUUCUAGCUUGCGGUUAUGGAGCAUACCUGACAAAGCUGUCGCAUAUUCAAGUCAAUUGUCCGAUAUCAUUACGGCUGUAGGAUUCUCUCCUGAUGGUAAGACCGCUAUUGCCGGGACCCUCCAUGGUAUCUGCAUGUUCUACGAGACCGAGGGACUCAGGUUCCUCAGCCAGUUACAUGUACGGUCCUCGCGCGGCAAAAAUGCAAAAGGAAGUAAGAUUACGGGCAUUCAGACGAUGAACUUCGGCCCCGACGACACAGACAGUGAAGUCAAACUCUUGGUGACGUCAAAUGAUUCACGAAUUCGCAUAUACAACAUGGCGGAUAAAUCCCUUGACGCUAAGCUCAAAGGUCAUGAGAAUACAUGUAACCAGAUUCGAGCAAGCUUUAGUGAUGAUGGCGAAUAUGUCAUCAGCGGUAGCGAGGACCGAAAAGCUUUUAUAUGGUCGAGGGAGAUGGCCGGAUCUGAAAGCAAAGAAAAAUGCCCUCACGAGUAUUUCCAAGCUCAUUCCGAGGUUGUAACGACGGCUAUUUUUGCGCCGACAACGACUCGUCAGCUUCUCCAAGCGUCUCAUGACCCCAUCUUCACGCUCUGUAAUCCUCCACCCGUUACCUUGCGGAGCAAAGACGAAUCGAUGGUGAAUGUAACGCCCUCUGUGUGCGAUACCCAAUCAGAGUAUUCGGUUAAGGCGAAGAAACCAGAAGAGACGCCCGCUUUUAUUUCGCGUUCUAAUCACCGUGAUGGUAAUAUCAUCGUGACCACAGACAAUUCUGGCCUCAUUAAGGUGUUCCGACAAGAUUGUGCUUUCGCCAAACGUCGUCACGACAAUUGGGAAACCAAUUCGUCGUUUUCGAAAAAGCUUGGUAGGGACAAGCUGCUACUUGGGAGAACAGGCAGCAUCAUGACAGGAACCAGCGUCAGCAGUCGGGAUCCGCAUUCCCGACGUGGCUCACUUUCUCAACCCUUUCAAAUCAAUUCAGACAGGAUCAACACUUGGCGUCAAGGCGUAGAAGGAAAUCCGGGUCGACCACUCUCCAUUGCUGCCACCGCUACUACCACGACAACUCCCGCGGGCAGCGUGCGAUCGCCAUCGCCAGUGAAACGGACGCCUGCAUCACCCACCAUAAAUCGAGUACCAGAGGUUCGAAGGCAACUUCGGAACAUAACAUCGCCCACAUUACACCCUACCAGCCCAACCACAAGUAUUCGAUCCAACAGGAUAAGCGAACCAUCACGAGGAGAGACAGAGACAUCGGUUCCUCCAGCUCCCGGCUUCUCCUUCCGUUCCGCCGAUGACGAAGGCGAGGACUCACGACUCGACCUUGCUGGCACAGCCUCUUCGUUCUGGAAACUCAACAAAUGGCGUAAUAUGGGGGUACGCCACUCGUCAAUGACGUCCAAACAUGAGGGAACCCUGGGUGGGUCCUUCCAGACAGCAGCGGACGAGCUGCCGACGCCAAGCCUCGGGGGCCGAGAGAGCAGUCUGGAAGAAUCGUCAUCCGACAUCAUGGCAGAACAACAACAGCAACACCACCAACAACAAUCGCACGAGAAUAAUAGCAGCUUCUUCAAGGAUCGCAGACGGAGCGGCAACGUUAGUCUUCUCAAGCCAUCGCCGCUUGAGGAACGGGACGAGAACGAUGGGUUCUUGGCCCCCCCGGAACAACGUAUUAUGCUGAGUAAGACGAGGACGAAUCGUACCUCGUCGAUACUCAGCCGGCUUAGCUCUGAGAUCACGUCUGCGGCUAGUGAAGAGGGCGAGGAGAUGGAGUGUGUUAAGUGUGGGAGCCAUGAUUUUCGCGCUAAGAGAGUUGGGGGUGCACAGCGGUUGCUUUGUGGGAAGUGUGGGCGGAUGGUCGAUGUUUGAUACGAGCAUGUAUCAGAUCAGAUCAGAUCAUUGAUAUGCGAGUCUGGAGGUGGGUGAGUGAAGGAGUGUAUAUGUGCAUGCGAGUUCUGUUCAUAACUUGUUGCUUGUGUCGGUUGGUUGUUUGAUUGUGUUGUUUUGGGUGUUAGAAAAGGAAAGGGAAGGGAAAUUGCAUAUAGAUGGCGCUGAGCGAGUGCUUUUUUUUCUUGUCGUUUGAUUCUUCGUUGUUAGCAUACACACACAGAGAGAGAGAGAGAGAGAGAGAGAUGUGUGCUGGAGAAAGGGAAGACAAGUGAUGCGGAAGGAAAGAAAGAAGAGUACAUUAAUGUGUUGCAUAUACGCAUCGGAUAUACUCGUGUAGAAUAUCUGUGUAUUAUUAUGGAUGAAGUGUCGAGAUACCCUGAAUAGGUACAUAUCUAUUUCCAUUGCGUGAUGUGCGGAUAGGAUGGGUAUUUUCGAAGUUCAGCGCCCUAGAUAUGGCAUUGUAAGACUUGAAAACUUGCCUUCGUUGAGCGAUUGCCGAAGCUAAAGGAGAUACUGACUCGGUGAACGAGGACAGAAGAACGUAAUAAAAGGAUGGA